AGCAUCAUACUUUCAAGACAAAGUUAAAAAUUUAGAGAAUAAUUUCCUCCUGCUAGCACAUAACGCUGACUAAGUACAUCAAAAUCUACAGCACUUGCAGAAUGCGAACAUUAUGCUUAUAAUGUAUAUAAUGACUCUAGACAAUAUUAGAGGGACACUGGGAUUCUUCCUAUUUUGACAAAGUGGCGAGCAAAUGCAGAAGUCUCUGUGGUGUUGUGUGUCUGCAGGAGCUGUUCUGGUCACUGACACUUCUAAAACUCUCUUAAAUAAAUGUUAAAGCGUUGUAAUGGGCCUGGCAAUGGAGAAUGACCAUGAAAUUUCCUUAACCCUCUUAGGGUGCUUCAGCAGAAGUGAUCUCACAAGAAACAGUAAACUGCUCUUCAAAGGCAGUAUCCUGAUAUGACAACAGAUGUAGAUAAUGCACUUCAUGAUGGAACUGCUUGAUACAGAGAAAAACAUGUUGUAACUGCCUUCACCGUGAAAGGGGUUUAAAAAUGCUGCCUGCCAACUCCACAAAAAAACAGAGCUGCUAUUUCAGUUAAAGGCCAGUGGAUUGUAUUUUUCAUGUCAGUUUUCACUAACCUCAAACAUCACUGUUAUGACAGACUGUCAACCAACCAAACCAGAACUGUGGUGCCAUUCAGGCAAGAAGGAAGAAAGCAAACACAAAGGAAACUUAGAAGUCCAAAUAGUAAGAGGGGGUGCCUAUGAGUGCACUUUUGUGCAGUGAUACUGAUUACUGAAAAUGAAACACUUAAAAGAAAAUAAACCCAAAAAAGUGCUUUCUGAGCCAUUAGUGUUUUCUUGCCUGGCAGUUUCUCUUUGUUCUGUUUCAUGACAUCAGCCUCGGUGGUUGAAAGGGUGUUCUGGGCCAGAUGUCAAUCACACUGUCUGACAUAAACAAAAAUAGCUAAAAAGACAUGCCAGCAUCUUCCUUUUGUUUUCCCAUUAGCUCCAUUUUUCUUUUCAGAGGCUGACAAAAAAUUACUGCCUCCGAGUGAAUUCAGUAAUGUCACUAUAUAUCUAAUAUCUAGGAGACCUUUUGUUUUAGCUUUACUGGGCUUAACCACAAAAGACACUUGACAUUGACAAAGAGUCUGUCAAAUACACAAUGAUCAGUGCAAUGAAAUCUCUCAUGACAGAAGGGCACUAUUCUGCACCCCCAGCCUGCAGCAGCCUGUCUGAGCAAAAUGUGCUGGAGCACACACAGCAGCUGAACCAUUGCAGAGCAGGCCAUAAGCUGAGAUGUGUCUUGUUUAAAGUGUCAUAGUAUAUUAGUGUAAUUAAAACCGCCAAAAGAAUAGAAAAGAUAGAUGGAAAUGUUACAUUACUUGUUUCUAGAGAUUAACCUCCAGCCAGAACUGAAAUACAGAGACACAUUUUGCAUGUCUUAGAGCUCAGAUAUGGAAGAAAACAAGCCUGAGAGUAUGUCUCUUGAAGUGUGAGACAUGAAGUCAUAGUUCCUGUAUUUACACAAUAAAGCAGAAAUAGCAUUUCAGACAGGCACGCUGUUUUCUCUCUGAUUACAGCUCCUGUUGUGGCUGUACUCUGCAAAGCAGCUGUAUCAUCUCUCAGCUACUUCUAUUUUACUCUCUCUGCCUUCGUUCUUGGAAGAUCUUGAGGACCCUUGUGCUGGUGUCAAUGCCUUCUGCUCCCUUGGCAUCUGCCAGAGUUGUGUGGGCCCCGCCUGGAGGCAGAGCACCCUAUUCCUGCCGGUGGCUGCAGAAGCCACAGCUCAGCUCCAGGCUCAGCAACACCCAGCUAGGGAGAUGUCUGAAGAGUGGCUUCAAUAUGACCUUUAUAUGCCAGGCUGCAUGCUUGCUUCUCUGCUGAUUCUAUAGAUAAAACUGUAUGGCUUUCUGAAGUUGACCCUGAAAAUUAUGUUCCCAGCACUGCAUGUUUUCCUUCCCAUGCAUCAUUACCUGUGAUAACUAUUCAAGCCUAACUAGUUAUGAACUCUGUUUCUAACCAUGACACAAGUUAAAUCUGUUGGUAAAAAAGCCUUGAAGUUUUUGUGGACCUGUUCUGCUGUAUAGUCUGAACCUUGGUUAAUCCAGAAUCUGGAGAGGACAUGAUCUGGCUUCAGCAGUUCUGAAACACUGCAAAAGCAGCAUGGCUUUCUUCUAACGUAAGCCUUACAUUCAAGGAGAAGAUGCAUUAAUCACGUAGGUCUCAUGUUCAUUUCUUCCACUAUAAAUGAACUUCAAGGCUUUGCCCCAUUAGUUGGUCAGUUUGAAGUUAAGAGAUGUUAAAUAUAGGCCUUACAUUUUCGGUUUCCUCAUACUUCCUCUAUUUCCCAGCUUUAAAUAUCAGUUAAUGACUUCUCCAUAUAACAGUACUCUUUAAUUUCUGGUCAGAGGCUGUAAAUGUGCACUGUUAGUCAAAAAUAUGUUAUCUGCAUUUAGUGUUGGCUUCUGGAGCCUUCACCACCAAGUUACCUCACAGUCGCAUCUCUCUUCACGUGAUUUUCCAGGUACUGCCAGGAGAAGAAUGGAAAAUGACUAUGAAAUAAAAGCACAUUCUGCUCCCAUUACAGGCAAUGAAAACUGUGCUUUUACUUCUACUUACUCAUAAUGGUGGGGGGAAAAAAUGAAGUGGAAACAAGCACAACAAAACACCUCUGCCAGCUAUCUAUAAGCUAACCAAGGCUUCCACUAAUGAGGUGGUCUGGCAUUUUGAGAAAGACGGGUUUUUCCAGAAAUGGAAAAAAUAUGCUGUUUUUUUCCUUCAACUCUGAGAGCUUAGUGAGAGAGUAAGAAAUUGCAUUUCAGAGGGAUAGCAAACUUUUAAUGCUCUCAGUAUUAUUUAAUACUUACAGACACCAGUGUAGUUUCUUGUCAGUUGAAUGUUUUUGCAUGUUUAUUUGUGAGAUUACUAAAUACUUUCCUACAAACUAGUUAUUUGCUGUAUUUACAGAUUCAUCUCAGUGACUGUGAAAUUCCUGAGGAUGUUAUUACUUUCAAGUCAGAUUAACAGAGUAAUUUCCAGAACUUUGCACAACUGAAGCAAUGCUAUGCUGCUGCCUAGAUGAGUGCAUGAAGUGAAUUUGGACUGGUUCAGUGGAAGGGAGCUGUUUAUGAAUGGACUCGAUUCACAGACGCAUGACAUCUGAAAAGACCCAGACAGCCAUGCUACCAGAACUCAUGAUACUAGUCUUAAAGUAGACCUCAAAAACUUUGAGAAAGAAAAUGAUUCCAUCUUUUUUGAUCAGAUUCUUCCUCUACAAGAGUUCCUGCAGCUACAGGACCAGGAGAUGUCUGAGGUCAAGAAAAGGUUAAAGUUGCUCACUGCUUUCAAGCUCUGGCCUAGAAGUUAAUUCAGUGCUGUGCUGCGAGAGAUACAGACUCUUUGAAACAAUAGCUAGUGUCAACAUUUCUAUCAGAAACAAUCACUGUAAACAUCCAGAUAUAUUAGCAGAAACUGCUCCUUCCCAUCAAUCACAUACACCAAAAUCCUUGGAAACUCUGAAGUUGUGGACUUCCUCUGAAGACAUAGAGAGAAAAUGGCUCAAGUGAACCCUCCUCCAUUCCUUCCCUGGAGCCCAGGUCAGUUGUGACAAGCAAAAUACACGGCGAAGAUACUGGCUGUGGAUCCCUUCUGUAAAUGAUCGCCUCACCCAGAGGUCAUGGGACCUUCACAAGGAUACCAGUCGUACUCCUCCAUGGCAGUGUGUCACAGUAAGAAACUCGCUUCCUGGAUGCACUUGUAACAGGCAGAUGUUCUAAUGACAGGAUAUGCAGACAUGUCCAGGUCUUUAAAAAGUCUUCCAGUGCAGUUAUUAAGGUAUUACAUGCAGGUAACGCCACCAAAAACAUUGAGCAUGCUGUUCAUUCAAUUGGGCAUGAAACUACUUCCUUUUGAGUGUUGUAAAUGUUCUUGGCUAAUUAAUUAAACAAUUAAUAAGGACUGGAGUUACGUUUCUAUCUUUCAUUGUCGCAAAUUAUUCCAGAGCAUUGUUUUAACUAAAUUCUGUGUAGGACUCUUUUUGGAAACCACACCAAAGUACAGCUACGAUGUUGAAAAAAAAAAAAAGCUCUUUUGACAAAUGAAAUCUUAAAAAUGGCUGCAAGAAAGGAAGAAGUCGGCCCUGAGUGGAAAACAUUUAAUACGUUUUGAUGAUUUCUUAUCUCAGACAGAAGAGAAGACAAGUUGAUUUUCUCUGCUGGAACUUUCUGAAGUGAGUUCUGACUGAAAAGAUGUGGUGGUGUCUUAACAAAAGCAUACUGUUAUAAAACAUGAUGUAUGCUCAGAAGCAUUAAUGUGUACCUCUCCGCUUCAGGUUUGAACAUUUCAGUCCACUGAACCAGCCUGUUUCAUUUAUUUUUUAAAUUCUUAUCCCGUUGAUCUUUUUUUUGUUGUUCUUUAAGUUUACGGUAGUUCAGUGGCUGCUUUUAUCUAUGAUUUAGGCUUUCAAACAGCACCAGACUCUGCUGUCCCAUCCUGUAAUCUGUCCAUUUAUUAUGGCAGAGGCAGCAUGUUAGUGCAGGCGCUAUAAAAAUAUCUGUGGAGAAAGCAUUCUUUUCCUCUGAAGGAUAAGUUCCACAAGAAUGUACAUUCUGAAGUAUUUGCAGAAGUACGGCAUGGGUUUUUUGUGUUAAAGGUGGCAGUAUCUGAAUGGUGAAUAUAUUCGUGUUUAUACGAAUGACAAUAUAUCAUCUUACAGACUGUAAUCCUGGAAAUCAAUUGCCAGUGUCCAUUUAGGAAAAUUGAAAUAAUUUAACUGGUUUACUUUAAAAAUGCCUUGAUAGACUAUGGAAUUUAAAGUCCUCUUUCAAAUUUAAGGUCGUUUUGUAUGAUGAACAUAUUAUUACAUAUUACAUUCUGGCGGCACGUAAUGACUUCUGGUGUAAAACAUGAAUUCUGUGUAAGAUCAAACUGAUGUCUUUGACUUCAGUUACAGAAGUCAGCUUCAGGACUUUCUGCUGCUGGUGGCUCGUGGCAGUUCUGUCAGUUCUUCCCGUAGGGAUGCGCUCAGGACAAAUCAGUGAACGUAAUUUUAGCUGUAUGAGGUCAUUACAAAUAUAGUCUUAGCUCUUCCUAGAGUGGACUUCAUUGUUAAUAUAAGUAUAUAUCUAUAGUUACUGACAUUUAUAUUAUUUGGCUCCUGUCCUAAGUUAUGGAUACAGUGAUGAUAAAAGCCCUUACCUAAGUGAGUCAUGCUUACUAAUUACUUCCACGGUACUGGGUUCCUGUAAAUAAAGUUACUCAUGUAUUUAUAAGCAAGUCAGAAUUGAUACGUAUGUUUCUAGGAGUGAGUUAUCUUUCUCUGUGGGGCAGACAGCACAGUCUGCUGUUCGGAAAAGAAUGCUGAGAGUCAGGAUAUCCAGGGUGCUUCCUCACUUCUGUGAGGGUGUGUGCUCUCCCCUGUCAUUGAAUAUUUGACCAAAACACUUAAUUUAGUCACGUUUUAAAAUUGUUUAAGACCCUCAGCAUUACUUCAAGCUAGGAAAUGUUUGUUGAUUUUUCCCGGCUGUUUCCAAAGAGAAUGGGGUAAGAGGGUUUCAGUCUAAUUGUUUGUUCUAAAGAUGUAGCAUUCAGGACACAAAGCCUAGCAGUGUGAUGUGGAGGACCUCAAGACAAAGCAGCAGCCUCAACAUCUCUCUCUAAUGAGAACGGGAAAAGACAACUGAGAUCCCAUAGGAAUGCAGUAUAUUUAGGAGAGAAGCAGAGCUCCUUUCAUGAAUGGAGAAAGAACCCCGAUGAAUGCUGGACUACCUGCUACCUCUGGGUGUGACGAGGCCAUGGUGAACCCCGGCGGCAGCUCGCAGCCGCCCCCGGUGACGGCGGGCUCCCUCUCGUGGAAGAGGUGCGCCGGCUGCGGGGGGAAGAUCGCCGACCGCUUCCUGCUCUACGCCAUGGACAGCUACUGGCACAGCCGCUGCCUCAAGUGCUCCUGCUGCCAGGCCCAGCUCGGGGACAUCGGCACGUCCUGCUACACCAAGAGCGGCAUGAUCCUCUGCAGAAACGACUACAUCAGGUUAUUUGGAAAUAGUGGUGCUUGCAGUGCCUGCGGACAGUCCAUUCCUGCUAGUGAGCUGGUCAUGAGGGCGCAGGGCAAUGUCUAUCAUCUGAAGUGUUUUACAUGCUCUACCUGCCGGAAUCGCCUGGUCCCGGGAGAUCGGUUUCACUACAUCAAUGGCAGUUUAUUUUGUGAACAUGAUAGACCUACAGCUCUCAUCAAUGGCCAUUUGAAUUCACUUCAGAGUAACCCACUACUGCCAGACCAGAAGGUCUGCUAAAAGGUCAGAGUAUUGCAGAAUGCGUGCCUUCAUCUCAAAUUUUGUUCAUCACAGAUGGAUCCCAUGUCUCCAAGUAGACAAGUCACCUUUGUAGCUAGCAUCAGUGCCAGCUCCAUGCCAUUGCACCUUCUUUAUUCUUGAUUGCCCUUCCCACAUUUAUUGGUGUAUUAAAAUGACUGAAUAUGAACAUUAAGGACUCCAUGAACCUGGGCUAAUGGGAGACUGUAGAGAAAAUGAAAAAAGAUCCACCGGAGGACAUCUUUGGGGGGGCGGGUGGGGAAGAUGACUAAUGAAGCUAAUUAAAAGAAGCAUUGAAAUCUGCUUUCUACCCUCAUUAACAAUUAGCAGGGCACUGGCCAGUUUGUACCCUGUGUUUUACCUUAACAACAUUCUAUUUGCUCUUUGUAUAUUUAAGUGUUGUAAGGAAAUGUGUUUCAAUCAAACUGAACAUGAGAUAAAGGAAAGAUGUGGCUUUUGUGAUAUUCUAUCACAAACACUUUUAUUGUAUCUCUGUAAAAUACAAUGUAUGUAUGCAUGUAAGUGUUUUUGUCCUAAUGUUGCUACUUCCCAUGGCAAAAAAAAAAAAACAAAAGGAGAAAAAGGAAAAAAAAAACCAAGUCAGGCUCAUAGCAGCUACUGUGUAGAAAUUUUCACCUACUUCUAAUUUGCUGAAUGAAGAAAAAUCUUUUAUUUGUGAUAUUUUCAGAGACAUUUGCUCUAGUAUGGUGUAUUUAAAUAAUAAAAAGUCAAACGAAAACCA